AGCCCCAGAAUAGGAGCGGCGCCUGCGAAUCCCUUCCUCACACCAAACGCGUCUACCACCAGAGUGGACAAACAAUACGCAGACUCGGAAGCAGAAAAGGGCUUUCUGGUCGUGGACGACCGCCUCUCAGCGCCAUAUGACGAGAAGGGAUUCACGGGUUGGCCACUCAUAUCCGAUGAACCCGAAGACGACGAUGACAUGCAUAUGCCCAUGCCAGACGAUGACAUCCGAUUCAAGCCCCGCUGGAGAGACCACUUCACGCGCGGCAACACCAUGUCCACGAUUGGCCUGAUCUUCAUGAUCCUAGGCUUGCUCUUCGUCUUCGUGGGUCUCCCCGUUCUGAGCGCCCUCGGAAUCAUAGACUACAACUCCGCCUACGGUACUCCGCUCGACCAGAUGCCCAAAAUGUACCCGGAGCCCGAGGAGUGGGCAACGGUGAAUAACAGACGAUAUCCCCUCCUCUCCAACCUCCGCAGCACCUUGAUCGACCCAGACACCCCCAAAAGCGCCAAAACCAUGAAGGGCGAAUUCGGCGACGAAUACGUCCUCGUCUUCAGCGACGAAUUCAACAAGCCGAACCGCACCUUUUACGAAGGCGAUGACCCCUACUGGACAGCCCCGGAUAUCUGGUACGGCGCCACGCAAGACCUGGAAUGGUACGACCCGGACGCGGCAACGACAUGGGAGGGCACGCUGGAACUCCGCCUCGACGAAUUCGCCAACCACGGUGUGCAAUACCGCUCCGGCAUGCUGAAUUCCUGGAACCAAGUCUGCUUCAAGGGAGGCAUCUUCGAGGUCAGCAUGUCCCUGCCCGGCCCCGCAGCAGUCAUGGGUCUCUGGCCCGGUGCAUGGACAAUGGGCAACCUAGGACGCCCGGGCUAUCUCAGCACCACCGAGGGGUUAUGGCCAUACACAUACCAAGCGUGCGACGUAGGCAUCACACCCAACCAAUCCCAAUCCGACGGCCUCUCGUACCUCCCAGGUCAAAAACUCCCCUCAUGCACCUGCCCCGGCGAAGACCACCCGACCCCGGGAACCGGCCGCGGCGCGCCCGAAAUCGACAUCGUAGAAGCGGGCGCAAGCUACGGCGGACUGCCCAUCGCGACGCAGAGCUACCAAGUCGCCCCCUUCGACAUCUGGUGGCACCCGGACUACGAAUUCACCGCCUUCCCGGACCUGAGCAUCAGCGCCCCGAAUGGGUACACGGGAGGGCCCUUCCAGCAAGCCAUUUCCGCGACGACGAAUCUGAAUCGCAACUGGUAUGACGGGAAGCAGUACCAACGGUACAGUUUCGAGUAUGUCCCCGGCGAGGGCGAGGGGGCGUACAUUGUCUGGAAGGUCGGCGGGCAGACGACGUUUCUGAUGGACGGGCGGGCGAUUGGGCCGAAUGGGAAUAUCCAGGCGAGGCAGGUCAGUCUGGAGCCCAUGUCGAUGAUACUGAAUUUGGGGUAUAGCAAGAGUUGGACCGAGAUUCGGUACGAGUUGUUGAGGUUCCCGACCGUCAUGAGGGUCGAUUAUGUCCGGUGGUAUCAGAAGAAGGGUGAGGAGAUGGUGACGUGCGAUCCGCCGGGGUUUGAGACGACUAAGUAUAUCGAGGAGCAUAAGGUGGCGUAUACGAAUCCGAAUCUGACGAAGUGGGAUCAGACGGGGUUCCCGUGGCCGAAGCACAAGUUGAACAGCGAUUGU